CGGGGCGGAAGUGGCGUCGGCGGCGGGCGCGGGCCGGUGCCGCGGCGGGGCCUGCUGGGGACGCCGAGGCCCGAGAUGGCGGCGCCCGGGCUGCUCCUGCUGCUCCUGCCGCUCCUGCCGCUGCGCGCCCGCGCCGACGAGCACGAGCACACGUACCAAGAUAAAGAGGAAGUUGUUCUGUGGAUGAAUACUGUAGGACCCUACCACAAUCGCCAGGAAACAUACAAAUACUUCUCUCUCCCUUUCUGUGUGGGAUCAAAAAAAAGCAUCAGCCAUUACCAUGAAACCCUAGGAGAAGCACUUCAAGGAGUUGAAUUGGAGUUUAGUGGUCUUGACAUCAAAUUUAAAGAUGAUGUGAUGCAGACUACUUACUGUGAAGUUGACUUGGACAAGGGAAGAAGAGAUGCAUUUGUGUAUGCUAUCAAAAAUCACUAUUGGUACCAGAUGUAUAUUGAUGACUUGCCAAUAUGGGGGAUUGUUGGAGAAGCAGAUGAAAAUGGAGAAGAUUAUUACCUUUGGACUUACAAAAAACUUGAAAUUGGUUUCAAUGGGAAUAGAAUUGUAGAUGUCAAUCUGACUAGUGAAGGAAAGGUGAAAUUGGUACCAAACACAAAAAUCCAGAUGUCAUAUUCAGUGAAAUGGAAGAAAUCAGAUGUGAAGUUUGAAGACCGAUUCGACAAGUAUCUUGACCCAUCUUUCUUUCAGCACAGAAUUCACUGGUUUUCAAUUUUUAAUUCUUUUAUGAUGGUGAUCUUUCUGGUUGGCCUGGUGUCUAUGAUAUUAAUGAGAACUUUGCGAAAAGAUUAUGCAAGGUACAGCAAGGAGGAAGAAAUGGAUGAUAUGGACAGAGAUCUAGGUGAUGAGUAUGGGUGGAAGCAGGUCCAUGGAGAUGUGUUUAGACCAUCCAGUCAUCCUCUAAUAUUUUCAUCGCUUAUUGGUUCUGGCUGUCAAAUUUUUGCUGUGUCUCUUAUAGUCAUUAUUGUUGCAAUGAUAGAAGAUUUAUACACAGAGAGAGGAUCAAUGCUUAGUACAGCUAUAUUUGUUUAUGCUGCAACAUCACCAGUGAAUGGAUAUUUUGGAGGAAGCCUUUAUGCUAGACAAGGAGGAAGGCGAUGGAUAAAGCAGAUGUUCAUUGGAGCCUUCCUUAUUCCAGCAAUGGUGUGUGGAACUGCCUUCUUCAUCAACUUCAUUGCCAUCUAUUACCAUGCUUCAAGAGCUAUACCCUUUGCAACCAUGGUGGCAGUGUGCUGUAUUUGUUUCUUUGUCAUCCUUCCAUUGAACCUUGUUGGGACUAUUCUUGGCCGAAAUCUGUCAGGACAGCCUAAUUUUCCAUGUCGUGUUAAUGCAGUGCCUCGUCCUAUACCAGAGAAGAAAUGGUUCAUGGAACCAGCUGUUAUUGUUUGCCUAGGUGGAAUCCUCCCUUUUGGAUCAAUUUUUAUUGAAAUGUACUUCAUUUUUACUUCAUUCUGGGCUUACAAGAUCUACUAUGUUUAUGGCUUUAUGAUGCUGGUUCUGGUUAUCCUCUGCAUUGUGACAGUUUGUGUGACCAUCGUUUGUACGUAUUUCCUGCUAAAUGCAGAGGAUUACAGGUGGCAAUGGACAAGCUUUCUUUCUGCGGCAUCAACUGCGAUUUAUGUUUACAUGUACUCCUUUUACUACUACUUUUUCAAGACAAAGAUGUAUGGCUUGUUUCAAACAUCAUUUUACUUUGGUUAUAUGGCAGUAUUUAGUACAGCUCUGGGAAUAAUGUGUGGAGCUAUUGGUUACAUGGGAACAAGUGCCUUUGUUCGUAAAAUCUACACUAAUGUGAAAAUUGACUAAGGAAAUAAGAAAAUUGAACUAUGGAUCAGCUCCUGUUUUCCUGGGGAUGAAUUUGCACAGCAAAAAGCGCGAGAAGAGAUUUGGGUUUUAACACUGGGCACUGUAUGGGUCUCCAUUUCGUGGAUGGCUUAAAGUAACAUCUAUUUCAUUGAUCCUAGGUUCUUACUGACUGCUUUCUCCAACUGUUCACAGCAAAUGCUUGGAUUAUAUGCAGUAGGCAUUACUACAGUAUGUGGCUAAUCUUUCCCCCCCAAAAAACCAACAUCAAAAAAUAAAAAAACCUAGCUCAUUAAAGAUGAAUAGACUAGCUCUCUUCAGUGAAGAGGACAAACAGUUUGUUUAAAGCAUUUGUUCCAUUCAAUACAAAGAGGGAAACUUGGCUGCUAAAACUACUUGAUUAGUAGUCUUCCUGGUACUCAACAUUUCUAAAUUAUGAAAAAUGCUGUUCCAGAAAGAUUACUCUUCUGAUUUUUACUGCCAUUGCCAGAAUAGGAGGUAUGUUUUGUAUUUUCAACUCCAGGUGCUUUUUGGUUUAUUUGCAAUAUCAACUACCCUACACUCAUUUGUUUAAAAAAUAAUUUAAACAUAUAUAAAACUCCCAUAUGCAUGUAAUAUAUCAGCUAUUGCUCUAGUUGGACCAACUUCCCUUUAUUUAUCUUUAAAGUAAUAUCCAGCUACAUCUUAAAUCCAUCCAAAGAAAAUACAGUCUGAAGACGGGAUGUGUUCUCUGCAAUGCAAUUUACUGUACAGUUAGAAAGCAAAAUGUUAAAUGAAGAGGAUUGUUUGUUUUUUAAUAAACACUCUGAGGUCUAGAUUAAAACAAAACCAACAUUUUAAUUGAAUGUCUAAAGUGAUUCUCCUUUUUUCCAAGUUAGUCUUGCAUUUUUUUUUUUGGGUUUGGGUUGAAUGAAGAUUUUUCUUUAGACAUCAUACAAGGGGUAAUAAGUGUAUAUAACAUUAAAUAAUGUAACUUAGGUGUAGAUCCCAAAUGUAUUUGGAUGUACAGAUUUACUACAGAGUACUUUUUCUGAUGAUUCGGUGUAAAAAUGUGUGAAUUCGGGUGGCUUUUUACAUCUUGCCUGCCAUUGCAUGAAAAGUUGGGGUUUCUUCACAAUGUGUGUAUGUCAUGCUUUUCUGUUCUAUUUCUCAAGCUCUUACAGGAAUUAAAUUUGUAAUUUAGAACAUUUUAAUUUUUGUUAAUCCUAUCUGAACACUUUUGUAACAUCAAAAGCACAGUUGCUUUAGAGUGUUCAGAGAACUAAAAUAAACUUUUCAGACAAAAUGUUUUGAUUGUGAAAAUAGAUGAGUUUGCAAUUGAGAAUGUUUGAAAAGGCAAUUCUGCUGAGCACCAGUUUCUGUAUACAAUAUUAGUGUGGUUUUCAUCUAUCAACCCCCCCUGCUUUGAAUUCAGAAUUUGCUUACAACUGUAUUGUAUAAUACAACUCCAAAGUGAAUGACCAACCCAAAAAGAUUCUUCUUGGCUGUGGCGAAGUGUUUUGUGAUGCAGCCAGUGUACUGGGAAAAGUGGGGGUAAGUGUGGACUGAAAUAAAUGGGAAAAUAAAGGUUAAGUCUUUCUAAGA